AUGGCCAAUAAGUCCAAAUUUAUUGACUACAUUGAUGAAGCUUUGGAAAAAUCUAAAGAAACUGCACUUUCUCACUUGUUCUUCACCCAUCAGGGGAUUCCGUACCCUAUCACCAUGUGCACCUCAGAAACUUUCCAGGCCUUGGACACCUUCGAAGCCCGAAGCGAUGACAUAGUGCUUGCAUCUUAUCCAAAGUGUGGUUCAAAUUGGAUUCUCCACAUCAUUAGUGAAUUAAUAUUUGCUGAAUCUAACAAAAAGUAUGAAUAUCCAGAAUUCCCAAUUCUUGAAUGUGGGGACCCAGAAAAAUAUCAGAGAAUGAAACAGUUUCCAUCCCCAAGGAUUCUGGCAACUCACCUCCAUUAUGACAAAUUACCUGCGUCCAUCUUCAACAAUAAAGCCAAGAUAUUGGUGAUCUUUCGAAACCCUAAAGAUACGGCAGUAUCUUUCUUCCAUUUCCACAAUGAUGUCCCUGACAUUCCAAGCUAUGGCUCCUGGGAUGAAUUCUUCAGACACUUCAUGAAAGGACAAGUUUCUUGGGGAAGCUAUUUUGAUUUUGCCAUUAAUUGGAACAAACAUCUUGAUGAUGAAAAUGUUAAGUUCAUAUUAUAUGAAGACCUGAAAAAGAACCUGACCGCUGGAAUAAAACAAAUUGCCGAAUUCUUUGGAUUCUCUUUAACUGGGGAGCAGAUCGAAACCGUCUCAGCCCAGAGCACCUUCCAAGCGAUGCGAGCAAAGUCCCAGGAAACACAUGGUGCCGUUGGACCCUUCCUGUUCCGCAAAGGUGAAGUUGGCGAUUGGAAAAAUUUGUUCAGUGAAACUCAGAACAAGGAAAUGGAUGAAAAAUUCCAAGAGUGCUUAGCAGGCACUCCCCUGGGAGCAAAGUUGAAGUAUGAAUCCUAUUGCCAUGCUUGA